CACCGUCUUCAUCCCACUCGCGUCGACGCCUUACUCUCUAGUUACCCGCUAACUCUCGCUUUGCUAUGCCUUGUGAUCCAGAAAUGUCAAGUAACAGUCGAGUAACAUCACUAGUACAGCUUUGCCAAAGAGUGGCAUCCGCCCAUGUCGAAAAUUUCUGUAGCCUUGGAGACGAGGCAUCGUUUGAGCUGUUCGCCCCGAUUUUGCAGAACUGUUCCGCCGAGGCACUGUUGCGCUUCGAACAGGCCACCCCAUCACUGACAGACUGUACCUCUGAACUAUGGAAAGCGCUAUGCUUCCGUACAUAUCCCCUUCCGGCUGAAAGACGUAACACAGAUACCGAACCUGACUCGUGGCGCGAAGAGUUCUUCAUUCUACGAGAUUUAGAGGCGCGGCGCUUGGAAGCCGUGGGCUCCAAGUUGCGCAUCCAGCGAGAAGAGCUGGAACAGCGCAAAAAGGAUUCGCAGAUUAAGCUUACAGAUAAAGUCCCGUCCAUGAAGCGCUAUCGCGGCGGUUGGGGGCAAGCACAGCCACCGAGAACGCUUUUGCAAAAGACUCGUGCAGAUGCUGUUAGGAUGCAGAAAGGCAUUUACGGCGCGCGCAUGAUGCCUGCAAUGCCGGCCUCGAAGACGUGUCGGACUCUAUCCAGCACCACCGCCACUAAGCCGUCAAUUGCUACCGCAACGCCCAUCGAUCCUCCAACCGGUAAGGUUGGUACUCGGGUCACAGUAUCCGCAGUGGCGAAGCCACACCCAGCAGCUGUCAUUGCGAGCCAGAACGUGUCAUCAACGCCUGCCUCGUCAUCACCUGCCCGGCCGGUUCCCACCAGGACACCCUCAACCACUGUGCCGCCGGCUUCGCCUCCCCCGUCAACUCCUCGGCCCCCACAGAGUUCGCCACCUCCGAUCGCGAACGAAUCUGGUCCACUGAAAGUGCCGGUAGCUCGGAAGGAUCCCAUGGCGUCCCUAUUCAUGCCGAAGCACCGUGCCUAUUCACAACUUCCCACGCACUCGUCCAGCAUGCGGUCCAGAGCAUGAUGGCACUACAUCUCUGCGAUGACUUAUCCUACUCCUAUUCAGUCCUGACUGCCCACCUCCAUUUGGUCUCUGUCUCAUCUCACUUGCUGCACACCGCACACAUCUCCACUUCCAUCGCUUUUGUACGCACGACAAACCUCUAGCCUGCAUUCGCCUGCCACUUCUCUGGGUCCUUUUGCAUUGUACUCUUAUACCCGCAUCAAGUCAGAUACGGUCGAUAUACUGGCGACUAAUUGUUGUACUACUUUUCUGUAUGCAUAAUAUGACGCAGCCUGUAGCGAUUCGCGAGAGCGGCGUGUACACCUGGGGCGGGCGAUGUACCUGAUAUGUAGCAGUUCCAGGCAUCUACUCGAUAAGCCUUGGACCCUUUCUCGAGU